CAGCGCUGUGGGCAGAGCAAGGGGGCGGAAAUCCUCCUGUACCCUUGAAGCGGGCAGCUCCCAGCGGAUACACACGUUCCACACCGCCGGGGCUCCCGCAUCCGAGCCGGGGAGGGUCAGGCGGAGCCGCCGCGUUAGAGGAUCGUGACCACUGCAAGAAAAAAAAAGAGGGUGAGAAAGAGGGGAGGAAGGAAGAGGAAAAAGAGGGGAGGAGAAGAGCAUCAGUGCAGAGAGAGAGAUGGCGGAGUGCGGGCGGAAGGCGCUGUCUCUCCUGGAAGCGGCCCGCUCCCGGUACGAGAGCCUGCAGAUAUCCGACGACGUGUUCGGCGAGUCCGGGGAUGACAGCAGCGACAAUCCCUUCUACAGCACCUCCGGAGACUCCGACUCGGACAACUACAUAGCCGAGGUGGGCGAGGAGGAGCAGCAUCAGCACCACCACCACCACCACCACCAGAAGCGGGCUGAGAAGGAGAGCGGGCACAGCGGGGGAGCAGGUGGCGGCACCGGCGGAGGCAGCGCGGCCGGUCCUCCGGGCUCCCUGUCCCGGAGCCAGGCAGAGGAGGAGGGCUGGACGGAGACUCUGCAGGAUGUCACGGUGCCGCCGUACAAAGAGACAUAUGGACCUGCUCAGAAGAUGCUGGCCACUGCAACAGCCUUGGACUUCUUCCAGCUCUUUGUCCCGGACAACUGCAUCCAAAACAUGGUCACCCAGACCAACAUGUACGCCAAGAAGUUCCAGGAGCGCUUCGGCUCGGACGACGGCUGGCGUCCCGUCACCGCCCAGGAGAUGAAGGCGUUCCUGGGCUUCGUCACGUCCACCAGCGUGCACCGCUGCGAGUCGGUGCUCAGCAUCUGGAGCUCAGGAUUCUUCAGCAACCGGAGCAUCGCCCUGAAGAUGAGCCAGGCACGCUUCGAGAAGAUCCUCAAGUACUUCCACAUUGUGGCUUUCCGGCCUUCGCAGGGGAGCAACCAGGGCCUCUACAAGAUCCAGCCCUUCCUGGACUCGCUGCAGCAGUCGUUCAGCUGCACCUUCAGACCCUCACAGACACAGGUUCUUCAUGAGCCCUUGAUAGAUGAAGACCCAGUUUUCAUCACCACCUGCACAGAAAGAGAACUGAGGAAGAGGAAGAAGAGGAAGUUCAGCCUCUGGGUUCGACAGUGCACCUCAACCGGAUUCAUCUGUCAGAUCUCAGUCCAUCUAAAGGAGGGCACGGACGGUUUGGCCGCGCUGAAGAACAAACCUCAGCUCCACAGCCUCGUGGCCAAGCAGCUCUGCCAGAACAUCUCCGGCAGGAACACCAUCAUCUUCACCGGGCCGUCCAUCACGAGCCUCAGCCUCUUCUCCGAGUUCAGCAAACAAGAUAUCUACUGCUGUGGUUUGCUGAGCACCAGGAAGAGCGACUGCACAGGUUUACCACAGAACAUGUUGGUCUGCGGCUCCACGCCGGCCCAGCGCGGCCAAUCACGCGUGAUGAUGAAGGGCACCAUGUCACUGAUCAGCUGGUACAACAAGGGACACUUCAGGUUCCUCACCAACGCUUAUUCCCCAACAAAACAAGGUAUGAUCAUUAAAAGGAAAAGCGGCGAGAUCCCGUGUCCUCUGGCUGUCGAGGCAUUUGCAGCACACCUCAGCUACAUCUGCAAAUACGACGACAAGUACAGCAAGUACUUCAUCUUCCACAAACCCAACAAGACCUGGCAGCAGGUGUUCUGGUUGAGCAUCAGCAUCGCCAUCAACAACGCGUACAUCCUCUACAAGAUGUCCGACGCCUACACAGUCAAGCGCUACAGCCGAGCGCAGUUCGGAGAGAGACUGGUCAGGGAGCUGCUGGAUCUAGAUGACUGCUCCCCCACGCAGUGAGGAGGUUGACGAAGGCAGAAGGAAGCGCACUACAAAAACACACAAACACAAUCCCCACGCAUAUACAUUUACACUCGGUUGUACAGACUCUGCAGUCUGUGUCUAUGUGAUAAUACUGAAGCGGUGCCAAGCCUGUGUCUCUCUUCCUAUAGUUGUUUUCUUUGUGGCUCUGUGAAUAUUCAUUAACACACUACACAAUAGAGAAUCGUGAGCCAUGGGGACAGUUCACAUGCCUCAAAUGCAACUCUUAACCACAUAGAUUUACUAAGGAUUUGUCAGCAGGAGCUAUUUCACGAGCAGAGAUGGAGGAAGGAACAACGAGACGGGGAUGAUGUCAGCUUCAGGUUUAAACCCGUAUCAAGGAGCAUAAUUGUACGUGAGCCUGAAUGAACCUGUGUUCAAACAUCAAGGCUACGUGUAGCUCAACAGCUCCGCUCUGCAGAAACACCUGUAACAAAAGCUUAGUAAACCAGGACUAUGGUGUGUUCACGCGCUGCAUGCAUUAAGAAUCUGGAUUGUGAUGUUCUAUUGUUCAAUGUGAAAAUGAUUUCUGCUCCAGGUGAGUUUUUUGAGAAAAUUUGUGUGUAUGCAUUUAGUAAGUGGAACUGCCAUUUGUGUGCGCGACGUUGUGCCUGAGGAUGUAAAUGUGCGGCUAUUGUGACCCCAGAUGUGUUGUGUUGCUGCGUACUGUACUCGCUAGAAGAAGACUGUCGGUUGACGUGAAGCCACACCCAGCAGUGUGCCACUAAAAAGAGCCCAGAAUAGACCAAAAGGAAGUCUUAAAGCCCCUGAAAGCUGUGUUUACAUAUUUGAAUGUUUCUCUUUUGCCAGUUAAAGUUAGGAAAACUCAUUCAUAGGUUUUAUCUUUUAAGUGGUUUCUACUUAAACACUGUCAACUCUGGCAUAAUCAGAUUUUAUUCCUCAGAUCUUAACUUAAAUACUCCCAAAAAAUGUAGAGCUCAUGCAAGAAAAUCGGCUUAAACAACAAAAUCUAACAAUAACUGCAACAAAUCUGGAGCCUGCUUGUGGUCCGACACUUUUAUUUGGCAGAAAGACGUGUCAUAUUUAUUUGUUUCAUUACAGAUAGCUGUACUUUAGCUUUGCAGGGGAAGAGGACGUUCAAAAUCUCCUCGGUUAAAUGUUCCGUAAAUCCAUGUUGCUAGGCGAUAAGUUCAAUCUUGGCCAAUGGGCAGUGGGUUUGGAUGAUAUUACUUGGCAAGAUUCAGGUCCAGGAAGUGAAAAUAGAAUCACUGGGGGGGCUUAUAAGAUGUCUCAGAAAAGCAAAAGUUGCACCAAAUCUUCAUGUAGAUAGAUAGAAGGCUUUGAGGCAUGAAAUUAUUUGGGGGAUUUUAAAAACACGGCAGGAUCUUUUGCGAAAGUGGUUUUAAAAGUGGAUUUUCACUUGCGAGCGAUAAUACCGUGCCGUCACCUUUUCCCACCAAAGUGGCAGCAUGGCUUCUAUUUUGGCCGGUUAAUGCGAGCGUCGCGUUCUUCCAGUCGCACAUUUCUUGCCAAGUUAACAGAUUUCGACCUGCCACGUCUUGUCCAGCCUGAGUAGGUGUGAGCAAACAGGCGAGAAACACUGAAAAAAAAAUCUCCCAGUCUGUAAACUACACAACCACACUGCUGUCUGUAGCUUUAAGAUGAACUCGCUGUGCAGUCGACACGUUAAUGUCAAGCUGGAAUCAUGUUCGGAAGAUUUAUAAUGAAAGGUUUUGGUGCAUGUGGAUUACAGUUAUGUGAUGACAGGCCGGUAGAGCAGAGUUGGUGAGUGAUUCGCUGGCAGGACUCAUGCACUUUGUCUCCCCCCCUCCCAUCACAGUCUUGCACUUUGAGGAGAGCUGUAAAGUUAGCGACAUAUUUAUUAGAUAAUACUUUUAAUUUGAAAAGAUAAUACACGCUGCUCUCGUAGAUCAAUUCUGUACAUAGACGUAGAAAUAAAUUAUAUGGAAAUACACCAAUGAAAUAAGAUUGAAAAAUGAAAUGACUAUAACCAAAAGAGAAAAGAUUUCCACUGUAGAUUUAGACCACAAGGUACAGUAUGUCUGUGUAUAUUUUGUUUACAAAUUACUGUGAGCGUAUGUCCAUAGUCACUCUGAGACUCAAGAUUGUGAUUUUUUUAACUUUUUCACUAAUCCAAAGCAUUGUGGUCAUUGUUGUUGUUGUUGUUAGUCUCCUGUGUGUGUGUUGAGCCACUGAAUGUCGUUGCCAUGUGUCCAAUCACUACACAGUAACACCGUUAAUCUUAGGAGGCACUUCUGUCAUUGUCAACUGAUGAUUUUAAUAUAAUAUUGUUGAAAUGAAACGCAGCUGUGGCCAGCUUCCAUUUCUGAAGCACCAAGUGCAUUUCCAUCCACCGCUUUUUUGCACAUUUCCAAUUUGCGUCCAGUGAAUGUGCACAAAUUAAUGCAUGAAACUAAUUUCAGUGCGUCAGACUUUCCCACAAUGUCCUCAUUCAUCUGGAGCUCUUUUAAUUGCAUUAUCUUGCCUCCUUGGCCUCUUUUUUUCUGCAGUGUUUUAAUGGGACCCGGCUGGAUAAUGAUGUGCUCAAAGUGCUAAUGAGCACAUGAGAGCAGUGGAUGGAAAUGCACUUUAAUUUGGGAUUCUGUUUGACAAUUUUCUGUUCAAAUUUGGAUGGAAACUUGACUCUCCUCAACACUAUUUGAGGAUAAACUCAUGUAAAACCUUGUGUUUUACUGCCCUCUCUGGUUGAAGUUUUGAACUCACCCCUCAGUGAUGUCACUGCGUACCGACACACCCUAGAGUACACUGGGUGUCCCAGCAGAAAAAAAAACACACCAACUAUGAAGCUUUUAAGCUGCUCUUUAAAAAUAAUGCACUACAUAAUUACUUUUUAAUGUUGUAUUUGUCUCGAUUCCAUGAAUAACUGGCCAAAUUUAGAUGAUCGACAUACUUCCCGUGCAGUUAGUCAUAUUUGACAUUUAGCUUCCCCGAAUCAAAGAAAAAACAAGAGCUUCCCCUUCCUUUCCAUGAUUUCACCCUGACAUUUAACCAUCAUACUGCAGAAAUCCAUCAUAUUAAAAGUCAGAGGAGCCAAUUUCUCCACUGAGACUAUCCUCAGAAAGCCUUAAUGCAAGCGUGUAUGCCUGCGAGGCCGCCUGAGUAAGGGGCAUGGAUGCAAUCGCUGCUAAAAGAAGCAGAAAUCGAAGAGAAAGCAGGUUAUGGGAGAGUGAAUACAGCAAACAAAUAAAAAAUCCAGAGCUGCAUCACGAGUUAGUGAGGCACAUAUAACAGUCAAGAGUAUCCCAGUGUGAAUUUUACUUGACAGUGUGUCAUGCAGCUGACGUCACACCUUCAACGAGGAUUUGUGACAUCCGCAGAGUUUUUUUUUUCCUGUAGCGGUUACAUCGCUCAGUUCAGACCACAAAUGAGGAGAAAUUAUGCACUGGGGACUCUGCAAGGCCACGGCUACUUGGCAACAAAUUAUAUUUAGGUGUGAGAGUCAAACAAAGAAAGGGGGCAGUUUUUUGAAAUUUGUCUGCCCAGAUUGAAAUAUUGUUAUCACCCCAGUUGCAGAAAGAGAGCUGAGGGACUGCGUUUCGGUCUCCUUUUCAUCAUCUAUUGGAAGAAAAGAGCCGCCGAUCGUUCCCUAUGAUGCUUUUGUUAUUUUACUUCAGAGGAGGGUUCUAUUGUAGCCCGACUAGAUCAAAAACAUGGUGUCAUUUUAAAUUCUCAGGUUGAUCUCUGAUGUGAUUUUAGGGAGAAAAAAAAAUCUCUUCCAGUUACUGUGUUCAGCCCUUUCUAUUGAUCAGCCAUUCAGAUAUUUCUAACAGUGCCUUUUCUUCUCAUUUAUUUCCAGUGGUUCAGUGUUGUUGAUGUGAAUGAAUAGAUUAGAAACACAAAUCUGUCCUGCAUGUUGUCAAUAAUAGAGAAAUAAACUUCCACAGUAGAGAUUUAGAUGCUGAAAAUGAUUUAUGUAGCCCUGAGCUCUUGUCCCACUGCUGUAGUGACUCAAGUUUCUUAUUUUCACCUAGAAUGGUGCCGCUGGAAGUCAACGUGAGUUUUUUAACACCAAAAACAUCUGGGUUGACUUCUUUGUAUAUUGGGUAACUUCACCUGUUCCUAUAAUGAUAAUAAAGAUACCAGUGAUGGAUGUUAAUUUGUUUUGUUUUUUUGUUAAAUGGGUAAACUACUGUGUAGGAACCUUAUUUAGAUUGUCAACUUAACAUCCCUCUACUUAUUAUGGCCUUAAAACAAGUUAAAAUUACAAAUAUUAAAAGUCAAAAGAAGAAAAAUGCCACUUUGAUGGGUGUAUCUACGACAGUGUGGAUGUUUUGUCUCCAUUUGCAAUUAGCUAAAGUGUCAUUUAUUUAUGUCAGAUGUGCAACAUAAGAUGCAGAUGCAGAUGCAGACGAGCAAGAGACAGAAGUAUUUGUUUGUCGUCCAGCUCUUUCAGACAAACGAUGAUCCUGAAACCCUUUUAACAAUGUUGAGUUAUUCCAAAAGGAUUCCAGAAUCACUGUCGGUUGUUUUGUGGUAAUGAAAUGCAGUCGUGUGUAAGCCGAUGUCCAUGUGUGUGAUGUGCAAGCGUGCCAUCUCUGUACAGCGCUUCACAGAUGUCUGUCGUUAGACGGUUGUUAUUCGUAAAGAUGCUCUCAAUGAUCAGCUUCAGAUGUAAUGAAGAACUCAAAUAAUGGUUGACCUCAGGGCUUCAUAAUUAGCAGCUAUACAAUAUAUUCACUCUCUGAAAUAGUAUGCAUACAGCAAAUGAACUUCUAUAACCUUACCAGGUGCUAUCAAACCACUGUAAAACCAAUCGUAGGAUUAGACUUGUUGUACAACUAACAACAGCAGAAGUGUUUCCAGAUGCAAUGUCAGAAAUAAUAAUAUUACCAGUCACUAAAAAUUGGUAUUUUUUCUGUGAUUCCGGUUUGUAAAGGCGGCUGCAGGAUGUGGAUUAUCUCAUUACUUUGGGCUGAAGUGUUAUCUGGCUUCACAGAGGGGCGACGAGGAGGACAAUGUGUGUAUGUGCAUGUAAAAAUGUUCAAGCUGGGUGGAAUAAUAUGUGUAAAAUUACUGGUGUAUGCUGGACCAAAUAAUGUGCGUGGUGAUGAGUUGUACCAGGUUGUUAUGUAAAUGUGUCUUCAUUAAAAACUCGCCACCCCCGGUUGCCCCAUCGAGGAGUCGGAGAAGCUUAUUACUACGCGAAUGAAACACCACAGAUUUGGUGUCAAAUGCGCAUCGUGGUGCUCGAGCCUGUCUUCACUGAGCUUCUAUGAUUUGGAGAAGUUACCUAGCUGUGUCAGAUCUUUCCACGUUAGCUUUCAGUUUAGCGAAGUUACAUUUGGAGCGAAAAUACUGCAUUCAAGUACUUGUUAACCCUCCUGUUGUCUUCAUUUACGGGCACCAAAAAUAUUGUUCCCUUGUCUAAAAAAACAAAUCCAAAAAUUCAGCAAAAAAAAUUCCCAAAAUUUCUGCAAAUGUGCAAAACCUUCAGGAAGAAAAUUCCACUAAUUCCUUAAAAGUUUCCCUUAAAAAAUUUAUUUUAAAAAAUCCCACAAAUUUGGCAAGAAAAUUCUUGUAAACGUUUUCAAAAAAAUGAGUAAAAAUCUUCCAAAAAAAAAUAAAAAAUUCUUUUUUUCCACCAAAAAAAUGUUCACAAAUUUCCCAAAAAUGUUGAAGUUCUCACUGUGAAAAUAUAUUUUUUCUCACAUUUUCAAACUUUAGAACGAGUCAAUUUGAGCCGCAAGACAACAUGAAUGUUAAACUUGCUCAUAGAUAGCGACUUGGAGUGUGAAAGUGGGUCAGAAAUUUACUUGUCAAAGCAUAUUUUCUUUGGAAACACACACACACACACACACACACACACACACACACACACACACACACACACACACACACACACACACACACACACACACACACACACACACACACACACACACACACACACACACACACACACACACACACACACACACACACACACACACACACACACACACACACACACAAGGGAAUGCUAGAUAUGCGAGAUAUAAAUAUGGGGUAGGACAGAACAACAGUUAGACUCCCCUGCCUGAGGGAUGAAGUAAAACAUCCUCUUUUGACCUCUCACCCUUGAUAAUUUUCAUACUGUCUCUUGAUGGAUUGAACAUUUGAGGCAUCCACAAGUCCAAGGCAAAGCUACUCUUUGAACUUUGUUUUCUUUACUCGACUGAAACUAAAAAGCUGCACACAACAACUCAGAAAUGCUUCAGAUGUUUCCAUUGCUGUCUGUGUUUGUUGUCUAACCUGGAGAACUCAGUGACCUGGCAGAUGUUUUCCAACACUUUCACUGCACUGUAAUCUCCCCUCCAACGCUACAAAGUAACCAAACCUGUAAGUUAACUCAGAAAGCCAGACUAUUUGUCGCUUGGUUGUGAUUUGGCUGAUCUUCAGGCCGUUCCUCACCUCGUUUGACACGCCGUCAAACCUUACCCAGCUCCGACUCUUCCUGCCAAGGAUUGAUGUUGUUGUGAAAUGUACAAUCUCUACUUCUUUGUGAGUUUUUUUUUUUGGUCUUUUAAAGCAGUCAAGGCUUUAAGUGGGCUACACGUGGUUGUAAAAUAAUGAUUAAAAAAAGACAGUUAUGUGUAAACCUUAGCAGCUUUCCACCACCUCACACUCACAGGGUUCUGUCUGGCCUCUCAUCCACCACUACCUAAAGCUCUGUAAAUCCAUUUUGCACACAUGGUAUCUAAUAAAUGUUCCUCGUUUGGUAAACCUGC